AGGCAACUUUUUCACGUCUCUAGUAAGUAUAAGUAAUUUCGAACAUCAUCCACCAAAUUGAUAUAUUGAUAUAUUGAUAAAUUCAUAUACUAACUAUAAUAUUUUUAGGGAGGCGUAAGUGCCGACACGUUCAUGUCGCAACGGCUACUGCAUAAACGACGUAAAAUGUCUCAGAACCAGUCCAGUAAUGAGUCGAGUGAUGAGUCGAGUGAUGAGUCAGAGUCCGAAUCUGAUUCAGAUGAAGAAGCUGAUGAUUCACCUGCUCGAGCAGGAGUCAUUGAACGAAUCACAUUAAAGAAUUUCAUGUGCCAUGACUCACUUGAAGUCAAUCUAGGUCCCCAGAUUAAUUUUAUUAUUGGUAGAAAUGGUUCAGGUAAGAGUGCUAUAUUGACGGGGAUAUCGGUAGGAUUAGGAGCCAAAGCUACUGAUACAAAUAGAGGUAAUUCAAUUAGAGAUUUAAUCAAAGAUGGCAAAUCAACUGCCCGAGUAUCGAUAGUAUUUCUUAAUGAAGGAAUAGGAGCAUUUAAGCCGGAAUUAUUCGGGAAAAGAAUCAUUAUUGAAAGAAGACUUCAACGAGCAGGAGCCAAUUCUUAUUCAAUUAAAUCUGCAUUAGGUAAAACUGUAUCAACGAAAAAGACCAUGCUUGAUGAAAUUCUUUAUAAAUUCAGUAUAACCAUUGAUAAUCCCUUAGCGUUUCUUUCCCAAGAUAAAGCUCGAGAAUUCUUAACUUCAACAACUGAUAGAACUAAAUAUGAUUAUUUUAUGGCAGGAGCAUUUAUAAAUGAUAUUCUUGCCAAUUAUGAUGGAACAGUGCAAAAUAUUGUUCAAGUAGAUGGGAAAGUUCAACAAGCUAAAGAAUUUUAUCAAGUAUGUUGUCAAAAGUAUAAAGAGAUUGCCGUAGUAUAUAAUAGACAUCGACAAUCUGAUUUCUUAAGACAGAAAUUAACUAAUUUACAUGGGAAAGUUUAUUGGUAUAAUGUUCAUCAUGUUGAGAGGAAAGUCGAGCAAUAUGAAGUUAAUCGUCAACGAUUGAAUCAAGAGAUUAAUGAUUUAGAUAAUGAAAAGCAGAAGUGUGAGAAUGAUUUAGCCAAUUCUCAAUUAAGUAGACCUGAAUUAGAUAAUUCAGUUAACCAGUUAAGUAAAGAAUUCGAAGAGAAGAAGAAAGUGUUUGAAGAGACUCGAUCGAUUCGUCAAUCGCUUCGAGAGCAAUUGGUGGAUUUAAAUAAUGAAAUAGUUAAGGGACAAGAAGAUAUUGAUAAAUUAAAACAACAAAUUGUUAAGAAUGAAGAAGGUAUAGAGAUAGAACAUCGAAGAUUAGAUGAAAUUAAUGGAGGAUCUAAAGAGACUUUACAUGAGAAUUUAGAACAAUUACAAGAUCAAAGACGUGAACUCUUAUUAGAAAGAGAUGAAACAAGAGCUAAACUUGAAAAUUUAAAACAAGGAGAUUCUGAACAAGAUCGAAUUCGUAGUGAAAUCGAUCAAGCUCAUGAAUCUAUAGCUCAAUUGAAUCGGAAAAAGCAGGAUCUUGAACGUUCAUCUAAGGAUCAAUAUGCUCCAUGGAGUAGUAAAAUGAAACGAGCCAUUGAUCAAAUUAAUAAUUAUAAAGGAUGGAAGAAACUUAAACCCAUUGGACCACUUGGAAGUUAUAUUGAAGUUAAGGAUGAAUAUAAAGAAUGGAAAACGUUAUUAAAUACCGUUUUAAUUAAGACUCUUGAUUCCUUUUUAGUAUGUGAUGAUGGAGAUCGUCAAGUACUCUUAAAGAUUUUAAGAAGUAAUAAUUUAAGAAAUAAUAUUAUUGUAAGAAACCCGGAGAAAUUUGAUUAUCUUCGAGGUAAAGCUACUAAUCAAAUUACCUUUUUAGAUAUGUUAAAUAUUAAUAAUGAUCAUGUAUUAUAUACUAUCAUUGAUUCUAAUAAUAUUGAGAAAUCCAUUAUUGCCAAGGAUAGAAAUCAAUCAACUACUCUUUGUCAUCAACCUAAUGUUAUGAAUGUAUAUACAUUAUUCUCCAAGAGUUCUGGUUCAAGAACUAGUCAAUCAGGUAAUACCACUAGACAAGAUCCAGUAUAUUAUAAUCAAUUCUUAGCUAAAUUUGCUAAUGGAACUAAUAAUUCUGAAUAUGAAUUACAAGAAAUUACAACGGGAAUUAAUGAGGCUCAUAGUUUUAUAAAUGAUAGUAAACGAGAACAAAGAAGACUUUCACAAAUGAGAAAUACAAAGAUUAAACAAUAUGAAGAUGAAUUAAUUAAGAGAAAUACUUUAUUACAACGAUUACAAGUUGAAAUUGGGAAUAUUGAGAAUAAACUUCGAGAAGAUGGAGAUAUCUCUAAAGUUGAAUCCUUAACGGUUCAAAUAGAAGAAUUUAAGAGUCAAAUCUUGAGAACUGAAGGAGUUCUUGCUUCAUUAGAUGAAGAAAUGGAGAGUAAAAGGAAUGAAUUUGAUGAACUUAAUGAUACUUUAAAGCUUGUUAAAGAUCAAGUACUUGAAGUUAAAGAUCAAAAGGAAGCUGCCGAAAAGAAAUUACUUGAUUUAGAUACAGAAGUAGCAGUAUUUAAAGAUAGUUUACAACAAUAUGAUAUCGAAAGGAAUCGUCGAGAAAUCGAAGUUAAACGAUGUGAAGCUAAAAUUGAAGAAGGGACAGGUAAAUUGAAUGAAUUAAUUCGAAUUGCUGAAGAGAAAUGUCGUAGAGAUGAAGUAACAAUUACUGAAGAAGAUACUCAAGAAUCUAUAGCCUCUGAAUAUUCAGAAGUUCAACAUCAAAUAAGAGAAGCAGAAAAGCAAAUUGGGAAAUCUCUUGAAGAAGUUCAACGAGAAUUACUUGAAGCUAAAGAAAAGAGAAAUAAUGCUAAUCAAAUAUUAGAAGAUUUAGAUAGAACAUGUCGGAAAUUAGACAAGGAUUUAAAUAUUCGAUUUAAUUUCUUACAUACUACUAUACUUUCAAGUGUUCAACAAGCUAGUAGAACGUUUGAAAAUGCGUUAGGAUUAAGAGGAUUCCGAGGAACUUUGGAAUUUGCCUUUGAUAAGAAGACUUUAACCUUAUUGGCUCAAACCAAGAAUGAUAAGGAAAGAAGAACGGUCGAUUCAUUAUCAGGAGGUGAGAAAUCAUUUGCUCAAAUUGCCUUAUUAUUAUCGAUUUGGAAGAUUAUGGAUUCUAAAAUUAGAGGCCUAGAUGAAUUCGAUGUGUAUAUGGAUUCAGUUAAUCGAUCCAUUAGUAUUAAGUUAUUAUUACGAGAGCUUCGGAAGUAUCCCAAGUCUCAGAAUAUCUUUAUAACUCCGCAGGAUAUAGCUGUAGUGGGAGAUAUUGAUAGUAGUGAUGUUAAGAUUCAUCGGAUGUCCGAUCCGAGACUGGAUUAGGGUAUACUAUACUGUGUACUAUAUACUAUAUACUAUAUACUAUAUACAAGUGCUAUACUAUAUACAAUGUAGAAUACGAUGUACUAAGUACUAUAUACAUACUAUACUAUAUAGAUAUACUGUGUACUAUACAUGCUAUACUAUAUAGAUAUACUGUGUACUAUACAUGCUAUACUAUA